UAAUGUAUACUUCCAUUUCUAUGCAAAGUUAAUGUUUGGUGCUGAGAGAGACAUAUGUGGGAGAAUAAUUUAUGGAUUGCUAAAUUUUGAUGAGACUGAUACAAAAUUUACAAAUCGUGUCAUGAUAUGCUUCAAACACUAAUGUCAGAUUUGUUGUGAGAGUUUCCCUGAAACCAAACUGAAAGGCAACAGGUUUUAAAUCUAGAAUAAAAUUAGGCUGAAAUGUGCGUAAUGGUAUGGUGCAUCAUGCUGAUAUUUCUUGAGAAAUAAUGACAAGCAAGGAAAGAUAAAGGCUGUGAAGGAGGAGAGGAGAGGAGAGGGGAGGAGAGGGGAGGAGAGGGGAGGAGAGGAGGAGAUAAUCAAAUAGCAAGUACACUGGAAGACAGAACAUGGGAGGAAUUAAGCCAAAGGAGGUAUAAAUGAAAUGGAAAUUUCACAGACCAACACUUCAAGAAGGCUACUGGGUAAGGUGGAUCAAAGUACAGAGAGCUGAGGCGAGAGGGGGUGUCAUUGAAAGACGAAAGGAGGCAAAGAAGAGAGGGUGAGAGGGAUUAGUAUAAGAGGAGUGGAGGUGGGGUUUGGUUUGGGUGAGUCGGGGUAACAGAUGGGACUCAAGCAGAUCCAGAGGGGUGUGGUGAUGAAUUGUGAGAUUCCUGUGAGUGUGAUACAAGCAGGGAUAUUUGCACUGCAGCUGUCAAUGGUUCAACACCUACGCAGCUCCACCCUCCUCACCCUCGAAUUAUACACACACAUGCACACACUCAUGGCCAUAUUUCAUAUCUUGCAAUUUCCAGUGAUAGGCCUGCAUGGUUGGUUUUGUGUUGAGUUAAUUGUUAAAUUGAAAAACUUCUUGUGAGACAAAGACAACGAUUCAUGUUCUUGUGUUGUUAAAGAUUAACAUAUCUUCAGUUAUGGUGUCUGGGUAAUAGUGGUAUACAGGCUAUAUUUGCUUAUGGCGUUACCUGUCUGUACUUUAUUGUUCCUCUUCGGGCAUAGUUCAAUGAUUAAACAAUUUUAGUGUAGCUUGAGCCAAGCCUAUUACAUCGAUGCAGUGAUGUAGUGGGGGUAUAAACAAUCUCUUAAUAAAAGGUGCUUCACAAGUGCUUCACAUAAAAUACAACAAGACUUUCAAGGGAACAAAAUAAAAACAUACGCACAACAUAAAACCAUUGAAGUAACAAGUGGCUAAUGUUAUUACUUUUCUACUACACUUGCACUACUAUUGCACAUGAUUGUAUACUAGUAUAUUUAGAGUCAGAGUGCAGCCCCUGCUUUACUCCACUACAUCUCAGAGGGAAAUAUUACUCCUCUACAAUUAUAUGCCAGCUUUAGUUACUAGUUACUUUACAGAUUUACACACAAAACUUAUGAAGAGUUUAUAAAAUAUGAUGUGUUGAGACAAAUGUUAAGAUUUGCCGCUUUUCCUUUUAAUUAUUUUAAUAAUUUUAAUGCAUUUUUAAUAAUGUUGCGGUAAUGUCUGGGUAAUUGUGACGGCAUUUCUCACUAUUUUCAGAUUUUUUUUACAAAUCAAUCAGUCAAUCGAUUAAUGGAGAAAAUAAUCAGCAAAUUAAUCCAUAAUGAAAAUAAUUAUUAGUUGCAGUCCGAAGACUACCAAAGUAGUUAAAAAUGAACUCCACCUCAACCAACUACAACAGUGAAAUUAUGUUUUUACAUUAAUGCAUGAGUAAUAAUAAUCUAAUAAUCUAAUAUAUAACAGUAUAACAGUCACAGGGAACAUUUUUAAGCAUUGAGUAAUUUAACUUUUAAUACUUUAAAUACAUUUUGCUGAUUAUACUUACAUACUUUUACUUUUUCAGUGCAGUACUUUUACUCGUAACAUAGUAUUUUUACAGUGUGGUAUUAGUACUUUUACUCAAGUAAAGGAUCUGAAUACUUCCUCCACCACUGUCUGAAUAUGACUUAAGGUAGUGGGAACAAACAUGAUUCAUGAUCAGACAGUUAAGGCUGGAAAACAGAUGAGUUAGCGGUCAGCACGUCAGCAUAUGGGUGUGAUUUCUCCUCGCGCCUGCCUGCUUUCUCACCUGGACGGAAGUGAACAUAAAAGGCAGCGCAGGUAAAGGCAACCACUCACCUCCUCCUCCUCCUCAUCCCCUAUCCAGGUAGUGCGGGACGGCAGCGCUCUCCUCGCUAGUCUACGUUCGGCUGAGGAGAGGAGGCAUGACGCUAGAUAUGUUUCACUCCUGUAAAUAUGAGACAACUUGAAAUAUUCUUCUUCUUUUUCCUCAUAACCUGUAACCUCACGGACUAAUGGGGCUUAUACUGCUGAGCCUGAUUCUUCGUUACUGGAUCAACACCGUGGAGGGAUCAUGUUCAGCUGGCAACGCUGUGACUUGUGACCAGUGUCUGCAGCUCAGUUCUCACUGUGCCUGGUGCACACAGGAGAAUUUCACAGACUGGUUUUCAGUCAGUGAAAGAUGUGACACACUGGAUAUCUUACUAGAAAAGGGAUGUGCCAGGGACCAGCUGGAGUUCCCUGUUUCCGAAGGCCAAAUCCUGCAGGAUCGCCCACUCGGGAGGAAGACAGGCAAUGUUAACAGCACUCAGAUCUCCCCACAGAAAAUGGCACUCAAGCUGCGACCUGGCAGUAAGGUGACUUUCCAGGUCAAAAUUCAACACACAGAGGACUAUCCUGUGGACAUCUACUACCUGAUGGAUCUGUCAGCAUCCAUGAUCGAUGAUCUGGAGAUGAUCAAAGACUUGGGCUCCUCCCUGUCUAAAGAGAUGGCCAACCUCACCAGUAAAUUUCGAAUGGGCUUUGGCUCUUUUGUGGAGAAACCCAUCCUUCCCUUCAUCAAGAUCACAGAAGAAGAGCUGGCCAACCCCUGCAGUGGCGUAGGCUUAACCUGCCUGCCAACAUUUGGCUACAAACACGUCUUAUCCCUGACGAGCAGCACUGACAAGUUCAACGAGAUCAUCAGAAUGCAGCGUGUAUCUGCAAAUAUUGAUGUGCCAGAGUGUGGCUUUGACGCCAUCAUGCAGGCAGCAGUUUGUGGGGACAAGAUAGGCUGGAGGAAUGACUCGAUGCGUUUGCUGGUGUUUGUCAGUGAUGCCGACUCACAUUUUGGGAUGGACAGUAAGAUGGCCGGCAUCGUGAUUCCCAACGAUGGGCAGUGCCACCUGGAUGUCAACAACGAAUACUCCAUGUCCACAGUGCAGGAGUAUCCAACUCUUGGUCAGCUGAUUGAUAAAGUGGUGGAGAACAAUAUCUUACUGAUAUUUGCUGUGACAGACAAGCAGAAACGCAACUAUAAGAACUAUGCAAAUCUCAUACCUGGCGCCACGGUUGGAGUCCUGGCGACAGAUUCGCGGAACAUCCUGGAACUGAUUGUAACAGCAUACAAAGAACUGCGUUCAGAGAUCGAACUGGAGGUCCUUGGAGACACAGAAGAGCUCCAGAUGUCCUUUACAGCCAUUUGCCCAAAUGGGACUGUCCUCCCUGAUCUAAAACACUGCUCCAACAUCAAACCUGGAGAGACGGUAGUGUUCAACGUGUCUGUGAAGCUCCCAGGAUGCCUGUCAGGAGUUCGGCACUUCUCCCUCAAACCGGUAGGUUUACAGGACAGUUUGGAAGUGGAACUGGAGUCUCUUUGCUCUUGUGACUGCCGGCAGCCUCCUGAGGCAAACAGCAGCCAGUGCAUCGAGGGCCAAGGGGCUUUCCAGUGUGGCGUAUGCGUGUGUCAGCCGGGGUUCCUGGGAGCACAGUGCGAAUGCAAUGAGGAAAGCGCUUUGUUUAGUAACUGCCUCGCUAACAAUGAGUCAGUGAUAUGCAGUGGUCAGGGGCAGUGCUACUGCGGACAGUGUGUAUGUCAUGCAUCCAGCUUUGGACGCAUCUACGGACCUUACUGCGAGUGUGACAAUUACUCCUGUGUUCGCUUCCGUGGGGAGCUCUGUGGAGGCCACGGGGUGUGUGACUGCGGGGAGUGUCACUGUAAAAGAGGCUGGACAGGGGAGUUUUGUAACUGCAGCACCAGCACCGAGGCGUGCACAUCAGAGGAUGGUGCUCUCUGCAGCGGCCGGGGAAGAUGUGAGUGUGGCCACUGUGUCUGCUCUGUACCUGGAGCAUCUGGGGACAAGUGUGAGAAGUGCCCAACAUGUGGAGACGCCUGUAGCUCUGCAAGGGCCUGUAUAGAGUGCCAUCUGGAAGAUAAAGAAGAUGCUGAGGUGUGUGAUCAAAGGUGCAGUGUCCCGAAAAUUUCCAUCAACACAACAGCAGAUUAUGACAAGAGCCCUUCUAUGCAAUGCUCGCUGAUGAUGGAGAAUGAGUGCUGGAUUUCAUUUUAUGUGGUAGGAGGUGAGACGGGGACCACCGCCUACAAUCUCCAGAUAUAUGGUUGCCCAGAGCCUCCCAACAUCCUCAUGAUUACUCUGGGGGUCUCCCUGUCCAUUGUAUGUAUCGGACUGAUCCUGCUGGGUGUGUGGAAGGUGCUGGUGUCGGUCCAUGACCAUAAAGAGGUGGCAAAGUUUGAGGCUGAGAGGUCAAAGGCAAAAUGGCAGACGGGGACCAACCCUCUGUUCAAAAGCUCAACUUCUACAUUCAAAAAUGUAACUUAUAAGAACACAGAGAGAUGCUAAACUGGAGGCAAUGCAAACCAACAUCUGAGUGCACUAAAGUGUGUGGGUGGGGUGUAGGUAUUACUAAUGUUGUGGGGACAUAAAUCUGUUUACACAGUCACAUUGUGGGGACUUGCCUUCCUUAUGGGGACAAAAUGCAAGUCAUCAUAAUGUAAAUCAUAAAAUUUUCGGGUGAAGACUUGGUGUGUCUGUCUGUGUGUGUGUGUGUGUGUGUGUGUGUGUGUGCAAGUGUGUGUGUGAGACAGAGAGAGAGAAAAUGUUGUACUAAAAUUUGUUUUUGUACGAAUCUCUGUGUUGAUUCAGAGAUGUUAUAACACAGUGGACAAUGUGAACAGACAAACACUACAUGAUGAAUUUGCUGCUGUAAAAGUGCACUGCCAAUAUACUGUUAAACACUGCACUUUCCUGAUCAUGAUCAUGAUCCUACAAACACAUUUGUGUCUACUGUAACAUGCAGCUUGGAAAGGAGGAGUCUACACUACGAGUGGUCUACUACUGAAAAAAAGCUUUGUUUUAUUCUAAUGAAUGUAUAUAUAAAGGUGGAUGAUUAUGAUUUUGUUUAAUAUUGUGUUUGUUUGAUGUUUUAUUUUAAAGCAAGGCUGAGCCUUUGAUGUUGAUAAUUGAGUUUUUUAGUGGCAUGGCACAUAAAUAAAGUUGAAUUUUGACUUA